AUGAAUCCAACCUGCGAAUCAGCCGCCCUCGGCUACGACGGUCUCCCGACCGACGCUCUCACGAUCGAUACCCAAAUCCCCAGAGUCGAGAGGACCCAGUCGAUACAUGGACCGAUGGGAGAAGACGAAGGCAAUGCGACCGUUGAAAUUGCCUCGAUAAUGAUGAUUGCCUCGAAUCCUGUUUCGCCGGGCCCGCCCAGUCCCCCGCUCGAUCACACGCGAAUGCAAGAGUUUACACCUCCCACCCGGCCGAGCAGCACACCAUUCCCCCAGUUGGACCCGCGCAGUACCGAUUUACGCUGCAUUAGUUGCCCGACGAGCCGCUUUUUGGGCGGGGAGCAUAGAAACUCUUCUGCGUCACCGACUUUCUCCUCGACUGCGGCAGACGUUGGUGUCUGCAUCAAUGAUCUACCUGCCGAAAUUCACGAGUGCAUUCUCGACCACCUGUUCGGGUUCCGGGUCUCGGCUGCAUCCAAAAGUUCUGUAACUCGCUGGGGGACUGCACUACGGCAUCCACGACGAAAAGAGUUGUCUGAGUUAUCUCUCGUCAGCGGCGCAUGGAGGGUCAUGAUCCAGGAGCGGUUGUACCGACACAUCAAGCUGAAGGCGUCAAUCCAGUCACUGCAAGGAGCAAUUGUUUAUUUAUCAACUCGCCCGCAUCUGAGGUCAUAUAUUAAGCAUAUCGAGAUUUGGUUUCCGGUGUUUCACCCCAAGUACCGACCGCUCGCGCUUUCCAACGCCAAUACCCUCCCAACGGUCACGCCGGACGGUUUGACCACGGCAUCCUACGUGCUGCCGAUGGAUAAUUGCUCUCUGGAGGAAACGUUCAGCUUUGUGGCAGACCACCUUCCCGAUGUCUGCGUUCUGACACUGGAAGGCGGGGAGCGUAAAAAGGCACCGAAGGUGAAGUACUGGCACCGCGAUCCUGGCGACGAGACGGAACGAAGGAUGCCUAGAGUCGAGAGUGUUCGUACACUGGUUUGCAAGGGCCAAUGGAACCUUAUCCGUGGCGAAGACGAUUUUGAGACGAUCAUGUCGGCCUUCCCCAACCUUCAGGACUGGCAUGGCUCGUAUAGCAAACCCAAGUCCAAGAGUUACCUUACCAUGGCUACUAUUCUCGAAAAGCCUGUGCGGUUGGCCAGCUUUGACCUUUGCAUCGAGGGUGAUUAUCGCCGCGAGGUCUCAUUCCCCUCGUACUUCCUCAAAGUGUCCAACAAACUACACUUCUGUUCUCGACUCGCGACCGGAUCCGCAUCCCCAACACUGGAGCGCAUCUCAUACACUGGCAGGGUUUGCAAACAGUUUUUCUUCGACCUCAUGGCCAAACACAAGGACCCGGGACACAUACGCCUGAAGUCAAUCGACCUCACAGUCAAAAACUGCUGCCGGCAGGUUGUGCACUGGAACGAAUCCGGGUCGGGUAUUACCGACAUGAACUUCAUCAACGCGUUUGAGGACUUGGUGAUUGCGGGUAUCCGUGCACUCGGGAGGUUGCGAUCGGUCGAGUAUCUUAGAAUCCGCUAUGUCGAUCUUGACUCUCCCUUCCCACCACUUAACCCUCAUUUUCUUCUUAAUAAAGGCCGGUGUUCUGGAGUCUGGAGCGACUCUAUCAUCACCGAGUUGAACAAGGCCCGGCCCCAUGCCCAAUUCGAAGAGCUCUCCGAAUCCUUUGGCGAGGUCACCUACAGGAAAGACGGCCGCAUGACCUUUACCCCGGACUUCCCGUCUUCGUCGUCCAGAGCGGUCUCGCUCAAGCUGUCCAACUAUGCGCUGCUGAGCGCUGGGAUGUCUACCCCUUGA